UCCUCUUGCACAAGCGCUCCCGUGUUGCGUAGUCUGGAAACCUGACGUGGAUCGCAGCCGAGCAGUGAAGAGCGGCAGCGGCGUGUGUGUGAGUUUGUGUGUGUGAGUGUGUGUGACAGUGACAGAGUUGCGGCGGAGCGGAUCAGAAAGUGCCCGUGGCUGCUCUCCGCCGUCUCGCGCGCUCCUCCUCGGACCGGUCAGAGUCGCACAAGACCGACGCCGCGCGACCCGGUUCUGCUGGCCCCGCGAGUGACCCGAGGAUCCCCGCUGAGACGAGCCCCGGAGCUGGAGAGCAGGAAAGCUGGAACUAAACUACAUUCAUUGACUUGUGAGCGAUGCACUGGCAGCAUGGCCAAGUGGUUCAAGGAGCACCUAGGAUUCAAAACUACCAAAGCACCCCCACCGGCGCCUCCGAAACCGGACUACAGACACUGUCACACCGGUGUGCCCGGAGCGCCUGGCUACCAACAGACGAGCUCCGGGGCCACCUUUCCCCCGAGCCCCGCUCAGCCGGACAUCCUCGCUGCUUACAAACUACAAAAGGAGCUAGACUUCGAGGACCCGUAUACUCCAGGCGGAAAUAUUUCAUUCGGCUCGAGUUUGAACACUGUGGGGUCGCCGGAUAUCAAGUAUGUGUCACCAAAGCACCGACUUAUCAAGGUGGAAACCAUCGAAAAGAGCAGCCCGGCUCCGGGAGGGGGUGUCACGGUCACCCAGGCUGUAGCUGUAGGGAGUGUUAAAUCUCCCACUUCACCUCCCUCCGACCACGACAACAAGGAGAAGCUCAUUAUCCUUGAAGACUAUGCGGACCCUUUUGAUGCUGAGCAGGCUGGGGGCACUCAGACCAUCACGGAAAAAGUGACAACAGAGAACGAUGGCUAUAUGGAGCCGUACGAGGCCCAGAAGAUGAUGGCAGAGAUCCGGUCUGGUGGCCGAGGCCCUAAGGAGGGACCUGUGAGGCAGCUGCCCCUGUACGACACACCGUAUGAGCCAGCUGAGAACGGUGGAGACUCAGACCCUGAACGCUUGCGCUGCCCCAGAGAAAGUCGCCUGCCCCAGGAUGAUGAACGACCCCCCGAAGAGUAUGACCAGCCAUGGGAGUGGAAGAAGGAGAGGAUUUCCAAAGCCUUUGCAGUAGAGAUUAAAGUGAUCAAGGACCUACCAUGGCCUCCUCCUGUUGGCCAACUCAACACCAGCCCUCCCCCGGUGGAGGAGCUAGAGUCUCCUUCCCAGACAGCUCAGCCCUCGCCGGGACAGACAAGCUGUGACCAGCACCACCAUGUCCAGUUUGAUGGUGUGGAGAAGUCUCGAAUGUCGCCCACCAAGGAGGGGAAAACUCGCCCGCUGCAGCGACAUUCCAGUGGCUGUCUGGUCAACACUAAAAUGACUUCAGUGGACCACUGCAGCUCCUCUGUCGGGGAACGUAUUGACCCCACCAUGCCUCUGGAAAGCCAGUUCUGGUACCAUGGAGCCAUCAGCCGAACAGACGCUGAGUCUCUGCUCAGGCUGUGUAAAGAGGCCAGCUACCUUGUGAGAAACAGCGAGACCAGCAAGAACGACUACUCCCUCUCCCUUAAGAGCAGCCAGGGCUUCAUGCAUAUGAAGCUGUCGCGGACGAAGGAGAACAAGUACAUCCUGGGCCAGAACAGCUGCCCCUUUGACAGCGUGCCUGAGAUCAUCCAUUUCUACUCCAGCCGCAAGCUGCCCAUCAAGGGUGCCGAACACAUGUCCCUGCUCUACCCUGUAGCCAUCAGGACACUAUAGUGCUCUGGGCCCCCUGCAGGCGUCCGCCCCUGCAGCACUCACCGGGCCGCCCUGUGGCUCCUCGCUUCCUGUCCCUGAGGAUGGACCCCGCUAGGCUCAUGGGAAGACGAACUGUGGCAUCCCAAACUGCUGAUCCUGACUCACCUCACUGGCCGACAGAUUCCAGACCUGUUUCGACGGCCUACUGCAUACUAUCUCAUACACACACAGACUCAAUGUUGCAGAAGUUAUUAUUAUUUUAUUGUAUUUUAUUUUAUUUAUGACAGACAUCCACUUAUCACAUCAGAGACUGACUAUCUGAAGAGCAUCAUUUCAUUGAUUGUUGAGCUGAUUGCCCAUAGCACUUAACACUCAAAGAAAAAGAAAGGUACAACAUAGCAUUUGUCACUGGGAUUAACCUCUAUCAUGAACCGUUGUACCUUUUGCCGACAAGUGCACAUCGUGACAGUUAUGUAUGAAAUGUAUGCUUGAGGUUCUCUUUUGGUUAGGCUCUGUUGAUGCUGUAACUGUAUUUCAAAGGGGACUCGAAGAUUGUAAGAGCCGCGCAAGGGAAGCAACAUUUAUGAUGCAUGUUGAGCGAUAUUGUCCGCGUGGGCCCCAUACAGCGGCCAGGAUAUUGAAUAAAGUGGCCGCGUAUGAAUGGUGCGUCCCCAGCUGCGCGGAAACAACAGGCCUGUGAGCUGUGCAGACUGAUCUCUCUAUCUUGUCAUAGCGCAUGUUGUCUGCUAUCCAUCACUGAGUGGGUGUAUCACACCAAUGACAGUGUAAGUACCAUAGUGGUGAGACAGGCAGGAGAGCGUGAUGGAUGGGUCAAGCCAUCCGACACACUACAAUUGGCUGAGGCUAGAGACCAGAGCCUGUCCAAAUGGACCAAAUUACCCCCGCUACCCCUGCUUAGAAUGGCUUUGCAUUGGGAGAAUGAAAUAUGCCUGCAUUGUCUACCUCAGAAAAUCAAUUUCAUUCGCCCAUCUGCAGAUCAAUAGGUACAAUGGGAUUGCAGACAUCGAUCUGCUCUCCCUUCGACAUUCCCAAUUCCCUUAAAAUUGCAUCAUUGGUUUUCGAAAUAUGCUUUUUGAAUACAGUUAAUCCGAGUUUUUUUAAAAAAUGAAAACACAAGCAGAUUUUUCCAGAUCAGCAAAUUGUAUGUAUAGUUACUAUUAUAAUGCUGUGUGAUGUCAGUAACAGAUGUUUGGUUAACGCCUUAUAAUGCAUGGGUCAAAUCAGUCCGCUAGAUCAGCUGAUUUCCACUUCUGCUUUUAACAAUUGUUCUGUGACUGUAAUUUAUUCCGGGGUAAUUAUUACUGAUGUGUUACUCCUUUGUGAUUGGCCCGUCGGCCCCCUCGCCCUCAUCGUCGUGUGCCGAUGUGAUCGUGUUUUUCGGGACUACUCCGGCCUCUUUUUGCUGUGGUGCUUUGCAUUUUUUUGUCGUUUCCAGUUUUGCUAAAUGCACGUUUGCCUCGGCGGCCUGACUCCGGGACACGAGUCACUGCGUCUCCCGACCAACAGGGUUGUCCCGUCAGGCCUCGUGUGAGGGACGAUUACACACCCUCCCGCCUCCAACACAUCGGUGACAGUGCAGCCUGUCCAAAACCAGACAAACACCCGCCUUCAAACCGUCACGCUUCCAUUUCGCUUUAAAAUCUCCAGAUGUCCAUACAUGUGUGAACACGAGAGAGUAUGCCUGUGUGCAACAUGUUCAUGUGUACGGUAUUUGUAUGCACCUGAGUGUGUCCCAGUAUGUUUUUUUUUUUUUUUUUUUUUUUUUUUUUUAACUCUACUGGUACCUGGUGACAGCUAAUGCUCCAACUUCUUUGGUUGUCAGCUUUUAUUUUCCUCCCUUAAACUACAAAAAGUAGAAUUUUCCCUGCGGCUUACUAAUUUACUUUCCUGCCCGUAUUCCCUCAUUAAUCACGUUUGAUUUUUAGCAACUCAUAGGAAUGACACGUCUGCUUUUCGGCUUCAGUUUAUUGUAAUGAAGCCAAUAAUAUUUCAGCCCGCGGCAAAUAUUAUUGCUGACUAACUACAGGCAGAAGAAGCUGAUUUGCCAACAGUAGCAGCACCAUGAAGUGAGUCUAAUGGGACUGCCUAAUGCAUGUAUGAUCAGACAUCAGAGGAAGCCUUCAUCAGUCUUAUGAGUUGCAAAAUUCUGUGGUUUAAUGAGCGAGUAAAAAAUGAAAAUGUUGUCGGGGAGGCUUUGGCCCGAGCUGAAAAAUGACUGAUACUAGGAAUUAAUAACUGACUUUAGCGAGCAUGACCACUGUAUGUACAGAGUCAAACACAUUUUGGCUUUGACUUUAUCUCCGCUGUGUGCUAUGCAACCAUAAACUGCAGUGAUUGAAGAGGAAAUGACAGGAGUGUGUGUGCCUCCAACAGAUGUUUAUGACAAACGUGAUGGUACAAAACGUCCACCAGGAGGGAAUGUAAUCAAAAGAGUGACGUGAUUAGUUAAAAAAAGAAAAAGAUUGCAGAAAGUGGGAUGUAUUGAGACGUUUAUUUUGCUGGUGCAGUAAGUGAGCAGACAGAUGUCACGGUCAUGAGAUCAAUAUGUCAUGUGAGGGUGUCUCCUAACGGCACCCACAGCUUUAUUGAGGAAUAGUAUGUUGUGGAAGUGGACCUAUGUAUGACCUCGAGAGACGAUAUCCUAAGAAGAAAUGCAAAGUUAGAAUAGACUAUAUGAGACGUAUCCUUUAUGCUCCGAAUGUUCACUGUUUAAUAGAUCCGGUGUUGACAGUAGAGGCUCUUUAUUUAGUUACUGCUGCUGCUGAGCGUUACUCUACUAAAGGGAAGAGCCUGCGUGUGACGGCCGCACUGCCGAGAGAGAGGCCUUAGCUUUGGAGAAAAGGGAAAACGGGAGAUAUGGAGGGCAAGAAUACGGGAGAAACGGAGGGAAGGCUGCUCUGACAUGGGGGAGGCGUUUGCUGCAAUCGGCAGACGCACUCUUCACGUCUCCGUAAUGACAGCCUGAAAGAGCCUUUCUCCUCCCUCAGAAGUGUCUUAAUGCUUGUGUGUGUGAGAGUGAAGCAGCGUUUGUUGGGUGUGUGAGUGCAUGUGAGUGUGUGUGAGUAUACUGGUGUAAGAAGCCAUCAGCCAUUGACAUGCCCCGAGUGUAUCUUGUGUAUCACUUUACCGUGGUAAAGUGGCAUGUGUGAGUUUCCUUUGUGUACAUUUUCGUGCCACAUAUGUAUGCACUACUAUAACAUAUCUCUGUACAGUCCCUCAUGGCCAAAUGUAUAUACUGAAUGUAUUGUAUGGGGACAUAGAGGCAUCAAGGUUCAAAAUAAAUAAAGUCGGGUUUAUGAGUUUAA